UUGGGCUUGUCUUACUCUCGUCCGCACAGACAACCCAUCUCGACGGCCGAGCCUCCCUGCCUACCCCUCCCUCUCAUCCACUGUCAAGCUGGACCUCUCGCCCUUCUCCGCGGGGUCCCCGGGCCAGUUCCUCGAUAACAACAACAGCAACAUGGACACCGUGGUGAUGGAUCACGAUCAAACCAUUAGCCCAAAGGAGGCUCAGCUUCCCCAUAACAACAUUCCAGAUGACAACAUGGGUGGCCUCGAGGAUUCACCCCAGAUAACACCCGACCAAAACGGCUUCCCAGAUCGCCAUUAUCAACAAAACUUCGACCAGAACCUCAACAGCUCACCACGGUCAUAUUCGCAACACGACAACUUCGACACAGACCGAUAUGCCACACCACCAGCACCACAGGCCUCGAUAUCACGACCGCCCUCGGGUCUCGGAGGCCAGAACCCAUCCCAAUCCGCAGAACACGGCUCUAGGACAGCCGCCGGUGGGAGUUCGAGCGAGCAGGCCAACGGGCGCAAUCAUGUCGUGAUCAAGGUCGGCAUGGUCGGUGAUGCGCAGAUUGGCAAGACAAGUUUGAUGGUCAAAUACGUCGAAGGGAGCUGGGACGAGGACUACAUCCAGACUCUGGGCGUCAACUUCAUGGAAAAGACCAUUAGCAUCCGCAACACCGAGAUUACCUUCAGCAUCUGGGAUCUUGGCGGCCAACGCGAGUUCGUCAAUAUGUUGCCGCUCGUGUGCAACGAUGCUGUGGCCAUCCUGUUCAUGUUCGACCUGACCCGCAAGAGCACGUUGAACAGCAUCAAGGAGUGGUAUCGCCAGGGGCGAGGAUUCAACAAGACGGCCAUUCCCGUCCUGGUAGGCACAAAGUACGAUCACUUUGUGAACCUGUCGCGGGAGGAGCAGGAAGAAAUUUCCAACCAGGCUCGGCGAUUCGCCAAGGCGAUGCGUGCGGCACUGAUCUUUAGCAGCACGAGUCACAGCAUCAAUGUCCAAAAGAUCUUCAAGAUCGUGCUAUCCAAAGCCUUCGAUCUAAAAUGCACAAUUCCCGAAAUUAGCAACGUUGGCGAACCACUUCUCCUGUAUCAGUCUGUAUAGGUCGAUGAGUAAGCUUGACCUUGUCAACAGCCUUUGCGACAACCGUGCGAGCGGCCUCCUCCGACGAUCUGCAAUUUGCAUUAAUACCCCUGGCUGGCGACGGAGCGAUGGCACACGUCGAGUACUUGUAAGGGUCACUCGACCACGACAGAGGACACCAGAGCAACGGACUACCGAAGCGCCGUCCUCGAUGCACAUAUUCGCCUCAUAACCCCCAUGCCCACACUUCCUCAAGGCAACUCCACACAACGGGGCAGUAGCAUUUUGUGACCUUUCGGG